UCUAUCUUCACUGAAAAGAAAAAAACGAAUAGAAAAAAAAAAAAAAAAAAAAAAACCGAAAAUCAAACAAACUCUCUCUCUCCUCUCUCAUCGCUCCGUCCGGUCUCCGAAAUCUCGGGCAAGAGUUUCGGCAUUUAACGAUCAGAAAUUUCGGCCCUUUCUCUUUCUGUAACGGAUCGGUCCGAAACGAAACGCCAUUACUCAGAGCUCUGAUCUCUCUCCCUCUUUCUCUCACAGAGCUCUGUGAUUUGCCGAAAGAGAUCUCAACCACAUUUUCCCACACAAUCGUACUAUGAAUCCUCCAGCAUUGUGUCCAUAGUUGAUCAAGGAAACAAGGCAUUUGAGAAGGUCUCAUCAUGAGCUCCCAGUAUGAGAAUGGGGGAUUUGGCUAUUCAAAUGGGGCUCAUGGUGAAUAUGUUGAACAGCUGGAAAGUUUUAGGGUUAUGGCCGAAGGUAACCAGCAGUCUUCUCUGGUGGAGUGGAUAAAUGGUAUGCUCCCUCAUUUAAGUUUACCAUUGGAAGCUUCUGAGGAGGAUCUGAGAUCAUGCUUGAUUGAUGGCACUGUUUUAUGCAGUGUGUUGAACAAGCUUAGUCCCGGUUUGAUAGAAAUGAGAGGCAAUUUGGAGCCCGUUCUCUUAAAUGUCCAAAAGUUCUUGGCAGCUAUCAAUGAAAUAGGAUUGCCUGGAUUUGAACUAUCAGAUCUAGAGCAGGGAUCUAUGGUGCCAGUUCUUCAGUGCCUUAAUAAUCUUAGAGUGCAUUUUAAUUCUAAUGCUGGGGUAGAGAACGUGCAAAAUCAUUUGAGAAGAAGAUGGGAUCUAUCAGAGGUAGGCUCUUUAGAGGGAAUUGGUUCCCAAGGGGAUGUAUCAGACGGACAACACUUGGUUAAAAAUGGAGGGGAUUGGCAAAGAGAUUCAGUUGAAGCCAAAUUUCAACAUUCUUUUCCUGGUACUUCAGAGUUGUCAGAUGCUUUACAACAUCAUCUUGGAUCUAAGUUUCAUGAGGUGUUGCAAUUAAAGCAAGGAUGUUUUGCUGAUUCUUCUGAUGCCAAAAUUUUGGAGAUGAUCAAGUCGAACAGUUUGGAUAAUGCAUCAACUCAAUCACUUUUCAACAUAGUGAAUAAGAUUCUAGACGAUAGCAUGCAAAGAAAGAAUGGGGAUGUACCUAAUUGUGUGGCAUGGCUGUUGAGAAAAGUUACGCAAGUGAUUGAGCAGCGAAUUUCAACCCAAGCAGAAAACUUAAAAAUUCAAAACAAACUUUUUAAGGCUCGUGAGGAGAAAUAUCAAUCAAAAAUUAGAGUACUUGAAACCCUUUCGAUAGGAGCCGCUGAAGAAUUUGAGGUUGUUAUGGAUCAAUUUCAACAGAUAAAGAUUGAGAAGGUCAAAACAGAAAAUAAAAAGAAACUUGAAGAGCAUGAUAUGAUAGAAUUAAGGAAACAGAAGGAUCAUUGUGAUAUCGAGAUUAUGAAACUAAAACAAGAAAUAGAAGUGACCAAAAGGACGCAUGAAGAUCAUUGCUUGCAAUUAGAAACAACUGCUAAGGAAGCUAAAGUUGAGUUGGAGAAUCGGUUAAAAGAAUUUGAGUGCCUUUUAUCAGAUUCAAGGAAGAAGGUGGAAGAACUUGAGAAGUUUUCUGAAUCUAAAUUGCGAAGAUUGAAAAAGAAAGAGCGAAUCUACAAGAGCUUUAUAGAUAAUCAUUUUGGAGCUUUGCAGGAAUCGAGGGUAACUUUAGAGUCCAUAAAACAUGAAGUCUUGAAGACAAAAAGAGGUUAUGCAGAGGAAUUCAGAUGCUUGGGAUUGAAACUUGAAGGACUAGCAGAUGCAGCUCAAAAUUACCAUGCAGUUCUCGCAGAAAACCGUAGGUUAUAUAAUGAGGUUCAGGAUCUAAAAGGAAAUAUUAGAGUAUAUUGUCGAAUAAGACCAUUCCUUCCUGGACAAAGUAAGAAGCAUACCACCAUUGAAUAUAUUGGUGAAAAUGGUGAAUUAGUCAUUAUGAAUCCAUCUAAAGGAAAAGACAGCCGUAGGAUGUUCAAGUUUAACAAGGUUUUUCAUCCAACUUCUACGCAAGAGGAGGUCUUUAUGGAUACUCAACCGUUGAUUCGAUCAGUCCUUGACGGAUACAAUGUUUGCAUAUUUGCUUAUGGACAAACUGGCUCAGGAAAGACCUAUACAAUGAGUGGGCCUAGUGUAUCAUCAAAGGAGGAUUGGGGUGUCAACUAUCGGGCCUUAAAUGAUCUUUUCCAGAUCUCCCAAAGCAGGAAAAGCUCCAUUGCAUAUGAAAUUGGAGUUCAAAUGGUUGAGAUUUAUAAUGAACAAGUCCGUGAUCUACUCUCAAGUGAUGGUCCUCAAAAAAGACUUGGGAUUUGGAGCACUACCCAACCGAAUGGGUUAGCUGUCCCUGAGGCUAGCAUGCACUCUGUUCAAUCUACUUCAGAUGUCUUAGAGUUUAUGCAUAUUGGGUUAAUGAAUAGAGCAGUAGGUGCCACUGCCUUGAAUGAAAGAAGUAGCAGAUCCCAUAGUGUUCUGACUGUUCAUGUUCGAGGAACGGACUUGGAGACUAAUGCUGUCCUGCGUGGUAGUCUACAUUUGGUAGAUCUUGCUGGUAGUGAAAGAGUAGAUCGGUCCGAAGCUACUGGGGAUCGGCUUAGGGAGGCACAACAUAUAAACAAGUCACUAUCAGCUCUUGGAGAUGUAAUAUUUGCUCUAGCGCAAAAGAGUUCACAUGUACCAUAUAGAAACAGCAAAUUAACUCAAGUACUUCAAAGUUCCUUAGGUGGUCAAGCAAAAACCCUUAUGUUUGUACAGCUUAAUCCAGAUACGGAUUCAUAUUCCGAAACCAUAAGUACCCUGAAGUUUGCAGAGAGAGUUUCUGGUGUUGAGUUAGGCGCUGCUCGGAGCAACAAAGAGGGAAGAGAUGUUAGAGAAUUGAUGGAACAGGUGGCAUCCCUUAAGGACGUAGUUGCAAAGAAAGAUGAGGAGAUUGACCGCUUGCAGCUUUCCAAGGCUAAUGUCAAUGGGGUGAAGCAUGGUAUGAUCUCAUUAAGGUAUGGGUCUGUCUCUCCAAGAAGAGCUUCCAUAGGGGAUACUCAACAUAGCCAAAGACUGUCUGAAGGAAAAGGAACAGGGCGGAUUGAGAAAGCAGCUUCAGAUAUAGACAAUGGCUCCGAGUACAGUGAUAAGCAUUCUGAAGCUGGUUCUCAGCAGUCAUUGGAUGAAUUUCGACAUCAGAAGGAAUUGUCCACUCAGUCGAGGCUAUUUGGAGGGGAUGUUGGUCAGCAAUUUUCUGAAGACAUUGAGCUCUUGGGCUUUGGGAAUGCAGAUUCUGAUGAAAGAUUAAGUGAUAUUUCUGAUGGUGGUCUUUCAAUGGGAACAGAAACUGAUGGCUCCAUAUCCAGUGUUGUGGAGUACACUCUUUUCCCUGAAGUUGCAAAGUCUGCUGAAAGCACACCUCCAGAGAGCAUCCCAGCUGAGAAGACUCCAGUUCAGAAAACUGAGAAGUCGCCUUUGCUUGAACCCAGGCCAACUUUACCAUCUAAACUCCCAAAGCCACCCCAAAAGCUAGGGCAGGCAAAAUCAUCUCGGCUUUCUUUGACCACCAAAAGCACCUUAAAGGUUUCAUCAAGUGCUAGGAAAGCUUUUGCUGGCAGCUCCUCUGUAUCAAAGACCCCCAAACGGUGGCAGUAGAUUUGAAGGCAAUUUGGAUGGCCGAAUUCUUAUGCCCAACACUAGCUUGUAUUCUUGUUAGGGUUACACUGUAGUUUGUAUUCUAACUUUACUGUGCUGACUUGUAGAUUAUGUUCUGCUUCCAUUUAUAGUGCAUUGGAAGAGGCGAUUGGAAACUUAACACUUUGUAAAGUAUGUAGUUUAGGAUCAAUGCAUCAUAGUGCAACUUCCGUUCGUUGGGUUUC